AUGGUAUAUUUACCUGUUGAAAAAAGAGCCCGGGUUUAUGCACUACUUGAAGAAGGAUAUCCUUCUCGUUAUGUAGCAAAUAAAGAAACUAUUUCACAAUCAACAGUUAUAAGAAUUAAACAACGUAAAGAUAAGACUGGUACAUUUAAGAAUCAACCAAAAUCUGGUCAUCCAAGACUUAUAACUAACCGUAUUGAACGAAAUGUUGUACAAUUAAUUACAACAGGCGAGUGCACAAAUGCAGUUGCAAUCCAAAAAAAAUUAAGAACUGAUGAUCAAAUUGAUGUUAGUGAGUGCACAAUAAAGAGGACAUUACACCGAAAUGGUUUGAGUGCACGAGUGAAGUGCAAAAAACCAUAUCUUAAAAAAACACAUAGAAUUGCUCGUAUGAGGUUUGCAAGAAAAUAUCAAAAAUGGACUAUAGAAGACUGGAGCAAA